GCUUCUGCGUCCGGACCGUGAGAGGCGGCGGGACCUGGCUAGCUGGCGGGCGGAGCCGGGCCCGCCGGGCUGCUGCGGGGCGAUCGGGCCGGGCUGCGGACGGCGCCAUGGGCUCUGGUGUCCAGCCUGGGUUCCAGCCUCGCUGAGCCGCCCCCGCGUAACGCCUUCCUGCGAGGCGCGCUCGCCAGGCGCUGACCAUGUCUAUCAUGGACCACAGCCCCACCACCGGGGUGGUCACGGUCAUCGUCAUCCUCAUCGCCAUCGCGGCCCUGGGGGCGCUCAUCCUGGGCUGCUGGUGCUACCUGCGGCUGCAGCGCAUCAGCCAGUCAGAGGACGAGGAGAGCAUCGUCGGGGAUGGCGAGACCAAGGAGCCCUUCCUGCUGGUGCAGUACUCGGCCAAGGGGCCGUGCGUGGAGAGGAAGGCCAAGCUGACCCCCACCGGCCCGGAAGUCCAUGGCUGAGCCGCGACGUGGAGGCUCCCGGGCCCGUUCGCAGCCAACCGAGAGGCAUGGAGGGGCGAGACCACAGACACGCUGCCGUCUGAGAGGAAGGGUUGACACUUGCUGGCAUGGCCUUGCCGGGCUUCGUCAUCGCAUGCACUGACUCCCAGGGUCCCGGCUGUCCCGAGCCAGGGCUCGGUGGCCGUGGGCGACCCCUUGGCCUCCUGGCAGGGCUGCCCAUUGCAGGCAGUGGGCAGGCCUGACCUUGCUGGGGCUCAUGGCCCUGCAGCGCUUUUGUUACUUGAAUGUUGAGCUGAGCCUGUUUUCGAUGGAGCUACUACUGUAUAACGCGUCAACUCACAAGCCUGUGAACUGUAAAUAGGCCCCAGAAGCACGUGCUUAAGCCUCUUUUGCUGAUUUUUAAAAAUAGCGUAUAGAGCACAUGGGACUGGCCAUACCGACGUUGAGCUGAGUCGGGGCUCUAGGGGAGGGUCUUAGACGUGUAAGGCCCACGUUGCACUUGGCCGGGGCCUCUAAUAUACGUGUGUGUGUGUGUGUGUGUGUGUGUGUAGCGGACGUGACAUGUUGGUUUUAGGUCUCGCAGCUGACCCAUUGGGGUGGUUGGUGAGCAGGGGAUGGAGCAGCAGCACACCCCUCCCCCUUUUGGUAGGUUAGGUCGUUCAAUGCCAGUUCCUGUUGCUCGUGGAGUCAUUGCAAGGAAGCUACUGCAGCCGCUUGGGAGCCGGUGAAGGACGAGUCAGGGUACGAGUCCUGAGGCUGCCAGGUGUCCUGGUGGCAGAGCAGUUUCUGGCCCCCGCAGUCCUGAGCAUGCUAAACACCCCACCCCCACCCACCGUCCCCAGCCAGUUUUCUGUGUACGUGGCGCGCAGGCUUCGCUAGAAAACACCAGACCCGCCAUGGCUACCUGUCUGUAUCCAAAACCCAGCUGGCCCAGCACAGAGAAAAUUGUGGCUUUUGUUUGUUGUAUUUAGUAUUUUCUGCACUGGAGGGGAGUGGGGGGAGGGGGCUCGGUUCCUUCCCCCUGCCCUUUUCUCAGAUUCUCCCCCACCUGCUGGGGACUGGGUUCAGUUUCCUCACCCAAGAGGGUCCCCUGACCCUGUUGUCAGAGCGCCAAGUGCGGGGGACAGUCAUUUCUCAUGUGCACGUGGACACAGGAAGCCCCCAGCAGCCAGUGGCACUGUGGGUGCCCAGAGGAGGGGGCUGCAGAGAGUUUCAGGUUGGCAAAGGCGAGGAAUUGGGGGGCUCUCGGGCCAGUGACCCCGAGCCCGCAUCUCUAUCCUUGUGUCUGCUUGGGUGAACUCACUUAGUUCUUAAUCCCACCACUGACAGCACAUGCUACCCUAUUGUGAUUAAAAUGUGGUUUGUGUCCACAUCCCUGGGAGUCAGCUGGAGGCCAGCCCUGGCUGGGCCCGAAGGCUGACUCUGGCCUGCCAGGAGUGCGGGCAGGAAGCUCCCAGGUGGCCCGGGGCUGCCCCCCCAACCCUACCCCUUACCCUCACCCCCCAAGCUCUGGCCUUCUGGUCAGACUGAAGGCAGCUCGUCUGGCCUCAUCCAAAUCUCUAAAAAGAUGUUGAACCAAUCUACUUUCUAGAACCCCUAGGAGGGAGCUUAGAGAACACUUUAGCAGCAUACCCCGAAAUUAAGGGUUGACAUUAAGUGAUCGCUUGGGGGAAGGGGGAGCUAGUUAGGCAAUCUGAGCUGAAGGCAGGCUUGAGGCCCAGGUGGGCUGCUAAGGCAUCCGUGGGAGGCAGCCAGGUUUUAGUGCAGGGGAGGAAAUGCCUCUGGUCCCCACCUGGGGGCCUCCGGGACCAGCAGAGGCCCAGUGGGCUGGGGUGCCCAGGACCAGGGUGUGGGUGGGAGGAGGGACAGGGGUUUUAAAGGUGCCAACUGGAAGGCAGAGAGAAAGGGUGCUUUCGAAUGAAGGGCGCCCGGAAAACAGGGAAGAUGUAGGCCGCCUGCUCCAGUGCCCUCGCGUUUCAGAACCUCAGGCGUUCUACCUCUCCUUUCUGCAGCUGGCAGCCUACACCUGAGGCUGGCUGUCCUUCACCCGAGGGACUGAGGAGCUCCCGGGACUGGCGUUUGCAGUCCCCGUGAGUGUGACUCUGAGUUGCCUGCCAGACCCGCCUUGAACUUCUGACCGUGCCAGGGCAGUUUCGGUUUUGAGAAGACGAAGCGUCACUUUCUCCUUAGUUUCACUCCUGGAGGGUCUUCAUCCCACGCCACCUGUGCCACUUGCAUCAGGCCCAUCGACACAGCGGCAGUGCGGGCGAGGGUCAUGGGCACGGUGGGGGUCUCUGGGGAAAAGAGAAAGUGCCUGCAGAACUGGUGAACCAUACAUAAUAGCUCUCACUGUUCUUAUUUCUCAAUAGCUACUUUUUUUAGCUUAGACACCAGAGCCACACACUCCAAUGGCUUAGUUAAGUUAUGACCUCUCAUGGAAUUCUUUCUGAAUAGCCCGACUGUUGCAUCCCAGUUUUCUGACUCGUCAAUCAAGUUAACCUUUCAUCCUGCCUGUCACCGCAGAAGCAACAGGAGGGGGGUGGGGAGGGAACUCGACACUGAGCCACUAAAAUACGGACUAAUUUUUCAGACACAUCUUCAAAUGGACUGUGCUACUGUUUUUGCCUCAAAGCUACCAAGUUUGUGCAAUAAGUGGAAGGGAUGUCAUCCCUGUUCAAUAAAGGCUGAAUGACAUUCAAGGUGAUUUUCUAGACCACUGAGAAAAUCUUUAUUUACAAUAAAUUUCAAUAAAAUUUGCAUAAAUAUA